AUGGCCGCAGAAGACAAUUCGCUGACGGCCCCUCAUAUACGACAGGGCUACGAGAUAUUGCCCAUCUCUCAAAGAGAUCUAGCAACAAGGCAAACCUCUGUGCCUCUGAUUUUACCGAACGACUUUCAGUAUGAUCAGUUUUCAGGCAAGGACGUUAAGCAGGAAGGUGUGAAAAGAACCCACCUGGUCGUGGUGGAAGAGGCUCUAGAGCUGCUGCGGGACAUAACGGAUCCGGUCAGUGUAGUGGGGAUUUGUGGACCAGCACGGAGCGGAAAGUCUUAUAUUUUGUCAAGGUUGGCUGGAACUCACGAUGCGUUUGAGCUUGGAAAUAAAAUGUACCCUCAGAAGUCCGGUAUUUGGAUGGGAACAAAGGUUCUGAGAAACAGAGAGAAAGAAUUUGUCACUAUCUUAUUAGACAGCGAGGGAACUGCUUCUAAUAUACCUCCUAAAGGCAAGGAAAAGAAGCUAAGAGAACAGAAAAGAAGGAAGGAGGAAAAAGAAAGAAGGGGGAACAGGAGGAUAAAUGACGUACGUGGUCAGUGCGUCAAUACAAGCGUAGUCCUUACUGACGUUAUUGGUAAAAUUCGGGUAAAAGAAAAUGAGGAGGUUACAGAAGAUAUGGGGGCACUUCGCAGGGUGUUUCCAAACUCUAUGUGGCUUUUUCGAGACGUCUAUUUGAAGUUAGUCCACCCUGACACCGGAGAGGAAAUGACACCCUCUGACUACGUGAAGGAAGUGGUUUUCAGGAAAUACACAGGGGGAAAGGAAGAAACAGACCAAGAAAAAGUAGGAGGGGUCAUACUGAGGGCUUUUGAACAGGUGGAGGCAUUUGUUCUCCCUAGCCCAGGAGAUGAAGAUGUUUUGGAAGAUAUUGCAGCAAAUACUGAUGAUAUCAGACCAAAAUUCAAUGAGAGAAUGGGAGAGUUUAUAGAAUACAUCCUGUCUGCUGUAGAAUGCAAGAAAGGGAUAGCUGUAAACUCUAAGAUAACAGGAGAUCAGCUUGCCACAAUGUUGCAGCACUAUGUUCAAGCUGUGAAUGAUCCAGACGAUGUACCUGUCAUAAAGAGUGCCUGGGAUGCUAGUGUAGAGUUAAGGCACAAAAAAAUACUGGGAAACAUGGUGGUGAAGUACAACACGGAAAUGGAGAAAGCAAUCACCAAGGCCUGCAUCAGAGAAUAUGAGAUCUUCCCUUUAGAAGAAAGAGAUGAUGACCCUAAAAAAACAAGCUUAAUGAGCAUUCACGAUGCUGUGAUGGACAAUAUUCAGAACGAGUUAAAGAGGCAACUUCAGUUAUUUGGAUUAGAUAUAGACAUAAAAGAUUUGAACGAGCGUCUUUUCAAUGAUUUUAAUGCAAGGAUAGUUCAGAGGCAAACAAACGAAACUAAGGAAUAUGGAGAUAUCACCGGUGGGGAACUGCUACAUUACCUGCAGGAGAACCGUGACAGGUCUCGUCGUUACUGUGAGAAGGUAUUCAAGGAACUCCUGGAUGGAUUGAAACAACACCUGAGCCCAAUACCCGAUGGCUACACAGGGGAAAAACUGAAAUCAGACUAA